AUGAGUGUAUGCUUUAUCUUUUGCGCUUUUAGGAUAUCCCCCUGCUUGUUAGAUGGAGGCGCUGAUUUGCAGAAAUAUCGAAUAGGGAGAGUUCUCUCUUCUCAAACCAUCGGCGUCGAGUUCUCCUCCAAGAUUGUCAAAGUCGGAACCGGUUCGCGAAGGAAAAGGAUAAAGCUACAACUCUGGGACACUGCUGGGACAGAACGUUUCCGUUCCGUGUCACGCUCGUACUACCGCGGUGCAGCCGGGGCCAUUUUAAUAUACGAUGUCGCCUCUCUCGCCUCCUUCAAUGCGCUCCCUACCUUCUUACUCGAUGCUCGCGCGCUGGCAUCGCCGAACCUAACCGUAUUACUGGCGGGGAAUAAGAGUGAUUUGAUAACAGACCCUAUGGCCCAUGGGGACUAUUGGGAAGAUGGCCAAAGAAUACCCGCCACUCCCACCAGCACAUCCAGCAAACAAUCGCCGUUUCCGUUUGAUUCCGGCGGCGGGUCUGUUCGCUCGAUAAAUAGCCCGAUUGCGGGGACUAGGAUGACAGCGACGGUUGCGCAUGACCAUGAGGUAUCUCUGGAAGACGCGUCGCGAUGGGCUGCCAGAAAUAACAUCCCGGUUGCCGUGGAAGUAUCCGCGCUUUCUGGCGAAUGUGUAGAAGAGCUCUUUACUCGGCUAGCACGGAUAAUUCUGACCAAGAUUGAGCUUGGUGAGAUCGAUCCAGAUGAUCCCCAGAGUGGAAUUCAAUACGGAGACAUGUUUGGCAUGAGCGCCAGUGAUGGUGGCAGUAUCCGAAGUGGUAUCACUGUUGACGAUUCCUACGUUCAACUCCACAAAGGGAGGAGUCACCAAAAGAGUGGCAGGUCCUCGGCCUUGCGAGAAUGGGAGGAUGUUUUCCGGCUGGGUGGCACAACUAGGAGAAAGGGCUGUUGCUGA